UUCUGCUCCCCACUAGUAUUUUUUUUUUCAAUCCCACGCUUAUACAAUAUGGUGUUUCUUUGUCUCCUUUCUUAGUGUUGUACAAAGACAAACAAAUUGUCUCUCCAAACCUGUACUCUCAAAAGUUCUGUAUUUAGAAAGGGAAAAAAAAUGCUUCUGAGAAAUGCCUCUGCACCAAUCUUGAAAUCAUGGGUUAUAGAUCCAUCUCCAGAACAAAUUAUCAGAACCAUAAGUGCUUCAAUCUCUAUCUCCUCAAAUCUUGAUCCCAUCACCAAGAACAUCUCAAAAACUGCAUCAGACCACAAUUUUAAAGAAUUGUACAAGGCCAAGGUUAGGCCUUCUCCAAAAGGGUAUCCUCAGUUUGCUUCAAACUGCUCGGAAAAUCAAGAAAAUGUUACCAGUUUGAGUUUUGGUAUUAGUAAUAUGUCAUUGGUGUCUAAAAUGGAAGAGUUGGAUCAAGAAUUUGCUGUUUUAGAAAAUGGUGGUGGCAGUGGCGGUGACGGUGGCCGGAUUUCUGGCGGCGGCGGUGGAGAUGGAAGUGAUGAGUGCCCAGAUUCUGAUCAUGAUAGUAUUGAGGAGUAUUAUCAGGAGAUGAUUAAGUGUGAUCCUAAUAAUCCUCUUUUUCUAGGAAACUAUGCCAAGUUCUUGAAAGAGGUGAAAGGAGAUGUUGUAAGAGCAGAAGAGUAUUGUGGAAGAGCAAUAUUGGCAAAUGCAAAUGAAGGGGAUAUAUUUUCACUAUAUGGGGAUUUGGUAUGGGAUGCUCAUAAAGAUGCUGAUAGGGCUGAAUGCUACUAUAAUCAAGCUCUGAAGGCUUCUCCUGAUGAUUGUUAUGUUCUUGCUUCAUGUGCUCGGUUUCUUUGGAACGCUGGGGAUGAUGGUGAAGAAGAAGUUGAUGUUGAUGAGGAGGAUGAGCAAAUGUUAAAUAAGGCUACUACUAUGAAUAAAUCAUCAGUCAAUUUAUUUAAAGGAUUAGAUAGUUUCCCCUCACCUCCUAUCCCUGCUUCUUGAUCUGUUUCUUUGUUAGUUCAUAGUUAUUCUCUUUGUUGUCUCUAACAUUGUAACUUUCUUGUACAUAUAAACAACAUAAAAGAUGCAAUGUUGAAUAGAAAAUCUCCCUCUCACCUGUUACUCUUA